GACGCUCUAUCCACCGCUGCUGCUAUCGCCUCGUUGGUUGAUGCUGUGAGGCGGGAGUGCUCCCGUGUCCUAGCCCGGGCUGCUCCAUCCGCUGCCGCCGCCAUCAUGAGCAGCGCCGCGACCACGGUCAUACAGGUUACCAACCUGUCCGCCUCCGUCACCAGUGACCAGAUGCGGACGCUCUUCUCCUUCCUGGGAGACGUGGAGGAGCUGCGGCUUUACCCACCCGACAAUGCACCACUUGCAUUUUCCUCCAAAGUGUGCUACAUUAAGUUUCGUGAGCCUGCAAGCGUCGGUGUGGCCCAGCAUCUAACUAACACGGUUUUUAUUGACAGAGCCCUCAUCGUUGUCCCCUGUGCUGAAGGUAAAAUACCAGAAGAAGCCAAGGCCCUCUCUCUUUUGGCACCUGCUCCUUCUUUAUCAAGCCUGCUUCCUGGCGCAGGUCUGCUCCCUAUCCCUACUCCUUCUCAAGCUUCCCUAGCAUCAGUUCUUAGAAGAGAAAAAGUGGAAGUGCCAUUGCUUAGUGUUCCAUUUACCACACUGGCUGCAACGUUACCAACGCCACUGGAGCCAGUUAUACCAGCUCUCGCCACAGUGCUUCCAGCUCUUACACCUGCCCUAUCAGCACUUGGAGAACUGCCACAACCGCCUUUAAUGGGCAAUGUCGAUCCCACAAAGGUUGAUGAAAUUAGGAGAACAAUUUACGUUGGAAAUUUAAAUUCCCAGGUAACUACAACAGCAGAACAGCUGCUGGAGUUCUUUAAGCAGGUUGGAGAUGUCCGCUUUGUCCGUAUGGCUGGGGACGAGACGCAACCCACACGGUUUGCUUUUGUGGAGUUUUCUGACCAGAAUUCAGUGUCUAGAGCUUUGACCUUCAAUGGCGUUAUGUUUGGUGAUAGACCCCUGAAAAUCAAUCACUCUAACAAUGCAAUCGUUAAGCCCCCUGAGCUGACCCCACAAGCUGCUGCGAAGGAACUAGAAGAGGUGAUGAAGCGUGUUCGUGAAGCUCAGUCUUUGAUCUCUGAAGCCAUCGAGCCAGAGACUGGUAAGCCAAUUGAGAAGAUUACCGAAAAACACUCCAUAACCCGUUCCCGUUCUCGCUCCAAGUCCCGGUCUAGAUGGAAAAGGUCCCAUUCAAAGCACAGAAGCAGUUCACGUAACAGUUCUCAAUCCAAACAUAAGGAGUCCCGCAGAUCUAAAAGUCCUCAUAAGAAACGUUCCAGAUCAAAAGAAUGGCACAGAUCAAAAAGCCGAUCGCGCUCAAGGGAAAAGAAGAGAGACAAGGACAGAAGUAAAAUUAGGGAAAAAGACAAGAUAAAGGAUAAAAAUGAUAAAAGAAGAAAGGACAAGAGAUCGAAGAGCCCAUCAAAGAGCCGUUCUUCUGUUAGGAAGUCUCGCAGUGUUAGCAGGGAAAAGCGCAAAAGGAGGAGUCGAAGUCUUUCCAAAUCCCCCAAAAGUUCCAAAACUGUGAAGAUGGUCUCUAGAUCUCCUUCUCCUAGAAGCAAAAAUAGGAAGGAGAAGCGAAGAGGGAAAGAGGGGGAUCACAGCGGUGAUAGGAGGGAGAGUGACCGUUCAUCAUCCAGGAAAAAUAGCAAUAAAGACAGAGACUUAAGAGAUUCAGCUGAUAAGUACAAGAUAAGGGAAAAGGAUCACAUAAAGCAUGAUCAGGAUAGCGUGUAUGAGAGCCUAGAAGACCCACAUCAUGCAAACUCUCGGCACAACGGGAACUGUAAAUUGAAUGAGGACAGUACGGCAGGGAAAUCAGAAGUGGCCUGAGCCUAUGCUCUUCUAUGAACUCAAAGCCAAAACCGUGUUCUGUAGUUGGCUUCGCAGUGAAUAUGACGGGGGCAUCACUUGUUGCCCUUACCACAACUCCUGAGCGUCUUUUAAUAGUAUUGAUUCUCUGAGGUGUUAGAUAGUAUAUGAACUGAUCACCAAGGCAAGUACUAUUAAAUCCACAUUUUCAACAUGCCUCAAUAUACUUGUAAAGUGCUAACUUGCCAGAAUACAUAGAAUUGGUUUCCACCUGUGUUAUUGUUGACAACGGUCAGACAAGGUGCAAACACUCGCUGGUGGUCAUUGCCGCCAGUAAUGGUAAGUGUAUUUUUUUCAUUUUAUUUCCUAGUAGUUAGUAGUUGCUCACACGGUGGGGGCACAGACCACCAGACCAUUGUUGUGAAAGAUGUAACAGUUGUUUUAAUCUGUUUUAUGUUUCCGCAAAACACACAAACUGUAACUGACCAAUAACUGUUCUCCAGAAUUUUCAAACUGAAAAAAAAAAAAAAAAAGUAUGUUCUGCAAUGCUGUUUUACGUUUGGUUUUCUUCUGCAGUUGUUGUAUACAUUGUAGGUUAUCAUACAAAAUUGUACAUUUAUGAAUUUUUUUGUUUGUUUCUUAAUGUGUUUGUUCUCCCUACUAAAUGAAUAAUUUUUAA